GGGAACACAGAAUUUAGAAUUUCUGCACCUAAAGUCAAUUGUUUUACCAAGAAUCAGCAACACUUGGAGCAAUUUAAACGAACCACCCUUAAAUGAAGAAGUGCUAAAAGUCUCACAUGUGCAGAAAACUCUGUCAAAAGUUUAUAAAACUCUCUGUAGGGCCGAUUCCUCACUAUCUAUGCCAGUCUCUAAGUGGGAACGUGAUAUUUCCGUGACUUCCAGUGCCACCGACUGGACCCAAAUGUGCAAUAGUAGCUUUUCUGGGGCAGUGCUAUUGAGACCUGAGUGGAACAGAAGUGUACCAAACUGUUGAUCCAUGACGGUCGAUCGGCCUUGUUACUGGACCAACCCAGGGGCGGGGGGAUACGACUGCACCCAGACCCGCCUGCUAUUACUUCAUCUCAGUCUUGCUGCUGGGGAAGGGACCGAGUUUAAUUCGUUGUUCUCUUUUGCGCAAAAAAAGGCCUCGUGAGCAUAUAGGCUAGGUGUAAAGAAGUCCUUGUUUUCUUUCAGUCCUGUGUUGAAUAGUGAAAAUGCAGAGACCAACAGGCUUCUGGCUCUACACAGUGCUGCUGUCGGUGGUACUGAGCUCUGCUCUAGCCGAGGAUAUACCAGUAUACUUCAGGGUUGGCGGCAGCCUGGAAAUGAGGCCUCAGCCGGAGCAGACCGCCAUAACCAGCAUCGUGUGGGAACACAACGGUGAUCUGGUGGCUGAGUGGGUGGAUAAUGAGUCUCCGUUGACGUACUGGGGGGAGUUUAAAGGCCGUACAACUCUGGACACAACCACUGGACGUUUGGAAAUCCGAAACAUGGGUAAAGAUGACGCAGGGUUGUUUACAGUGGAGAUUAACAACAAGGUCCAGAGUAAGAGUUAUGCAGCCAGAGAGUUCGAGGAGGUGGUGCUGAGCUCUGCUUUAGCCCAGGAUAUACCAGUAUUUUUCAGGGUUGGCGGCAGCCUGGAACUGAGUCCUCAGCAGCAGACCGCUAUAACCAGCAUCGUGUGGAAACACAACGGUGAUCUGGUGGCUGAGUGGGUGGAUAAUGAGUCUCCGUUGACGUACUGGGGGGAGUUUAAAGGCCGUACAACUCUGGACACAACCACUGGACGUUUGGAAAUCCGAAACAUGGGUGAAGAUGACGCAGGGAACUUUACAGUGGAGAUUAACAAGGUUCAGAAUGAGAGUUAUGCAGCCAUAGUGGUCAAGGAGGUGGUACUGAAGUGUGCUCUAGGCCUGGAUAUAACAGAAUACUUCAAGGUUGGCGGCAGCCUGGAACUGAGGCCUCAGCAGCAGCAGACUGCCAUAACCAGCAUCGUGUGGAAACACAACGGUGAUCUGGUGGCUGAGUGGGUGGAUAAGGAGUCUCCGUUGACAUACUGGACGGUGUUUAGAGACCGCACAACUCUGGACACAACCACUGGACGUUUGGAAAUCCGAAACAUGAGUAAAGAUGACGCAGGGAACUUUAUAGUGGAGAUUAACAACCAGGUCCAGAGUAAGAGUUAUCCAGCCAAAGUGGCCAAGGAUGUGCCCAAGCCGACGGUGUUGGUAACAUGUAACCCUGCCGUUGAGAUCUGUUUACUGUCCUGUGAUGGAGACACCACAGAGACUGGACCUGUCGACUACUACUGGAAGUUUGGAGACAGAGGGUGGAAGCAGAGGGAGAAGGACAUUAUCACCAAUAAGACCGAGAUACAAAGUGCUGAAACGUUCUCCUGCAGGAUGAAGAACCUGGUUGAUGAGAAAGAAAGUGACCCCGUGAAGAACCCUUUGUUCAAAGAGCCAAAUAAGUGACCCUGUGGAGAAUCUGUUCUACGGGGAAAAGUAAGACAGCUCUGCAGUGGGGUUGGAUGUGGGACUUUUCUUCCUCUUCGCCUUCGAGGAUGCGGCCUGACUUGUCCAUUUAGCCUGUGGUCUCAUCUUGGUUUAACUUUUGUUCAUAAUUCACAGCGACAAAGUUAAUGGAGUGUGACAAACACAAAAUAUCACUAGAUAUUAUUAUUCAGAUGUUAUUGCAGAUAGAAAAUAAACGAAACGUUGCCUGGGAUGUGUGACGUGCCAUCAUAUGGUAUAGUUUUGUAUAUACAUUCUUACAAGAUGUUGUGUUUUUAUGUUUUAUUCACUACUACUUAAGUUACUUUGAUACCUUGAGUAAAAUUGCUCAUGAUACUUCUGUACAUUUACUUAAAGAAGAAACUUAUAAUGCAUGACUUUUACUUUUAGCUAAAGAUCUCCAGGCAUGUUCAAACAAAUAUAUAUUAAAUACUUAGCACUCAAUAAU